GCAAACAUGAGUGUACCUUAACGUGGACUAUCAACCCUGAUUCUGCAACUUUUCUUACAAAAUCCAGUUAUUGAUCCACAGGGCUGAGCUGCUUAAUCAGUUUGUUUAUCAUGAUCUAGGGUGUUAGAUUGGGGUUCGCUCUGAAGAGGAAAACAGAGGUUACAUUUGAUAUGCUUUAACGGCGCGCGACAGAAACAACGCCAAACCCGCUUCUCAUUGGAGGGAAGGAGCUGAGGCGAGGUCCCAUUGGCUGAAGGCUAAAACUCCAUUUUGCAAACAGCUGUUUGAGAUGUAACCUCGCCCACUGGCUUCAAUGGGGUUGUCAAAGAAACGUCGGGUUUGACGACGCUGCUGGCUCUUCGUGACGGACCCUUCGUCGAAAACGCCAAAUAAAUUUCAAAAUGACGGAAAUGAAAGCCGAAAUAUAGCGAAGAGAAGACAAGAGAAGAGAACAGACGGUCCAGCUGCGUGGUAACAAGUGGAGGAAAUUCAGGCGAAUGAAGGAGUGUAUAUUUGGUAAAGAGGACAUCAAUGCUACUGAAGUACCAAUCAUCAGCAGCCAUCUGCUCAUGUGGAAUGAGAAGACAGGUCAUGGGCAGAUGAUGGACGUUGAGUCAUCUUACUCGGAUUUCGUUAAUUGUGAUCGCACAGGCCGCAGGAACGCAGUGCCGGACAUUAAGGGAGACGGAACAGUGGUGGGCACCAGUGAACUGACCAAAGACAUGGCUCAGAUGGACCUGAAGGCAGGAGGGUCGCGGUGGAUUCAGAGCCUAUCCUGGGACAUCUGGGCACAGGGCAGGAAUAGACCCUGGGAUGGGGAAGCCAGUCCAUCAUAGGGCACCUUAUACUCACACAUUCACACCUAGGAGCAGUUUUGGCAUAGAGAGUGCACCUACCGGCAUGUUUUUGGGAGGUGAGAGGAAACCAGAGGACACGGGAUGAACAUGACAGACGACACCGACAGAAACGCGAGCUCGGGAUCACACUGGAGACCUUGGAAGUGUCAGACUGCAACACCAACCGCUGUGGCAACCUGCUGCCCUGAAAUAACUAUAAAUCAAAUUAUGUGAAAUUGAAAAUAAAAUAAAGCAAAAAAUCCAAGAACAACAGAUAGGCCACAGUAAACUUGUUGUCAAUCUGGAAUUUAAAAUCGCUUAGAGCUGGUGUUUGUAAUGUUCCAUGGAGCAGUAUAUAGGAGAUUGGGGGCAAUCUAAGGGAUGCAAUUUUACCACCUAAGCUGUGAGUGAUGCCUGAGAUUAUCAGUGAGUAACACUGCCUCCGCUUAUUGAAGUGCUCUGGAUGGGCUAGACUUCUGCAGUAGAUCAAAUUUGUAUAGCACUUUUAACAACAGACAAAGGCUCAUGUCAAAUUUGUGUAGAAAUGAGGUAGUUCUUACCUAUACAACAAUAUAGAAUUAUUUUAAUGAUAUAAGCUAUUCAGAUCGCCUUAUUAUUGUAUAUUGUCACACCCCUAUUGGUUAUUUCCACAUAUG